AUGGAAUGCAUCACAAAUCUCCCUCAAACAUUCAAUGAAAUUAAAACCAAAGAGAACCUUUUGAUGAUCUUUGAUUCAACGGUUCUAAACAAUAAACCAAACCAAAUACCUCAAGAGUUUGUAUGGCCUGACCAUGACAAACCCUCUACAAACGUUCCAAUCCUACAAGUUCCUCUUAUUGACCUCGCUGGUUUCCUCUCCGGUGACCCAUUCUUGGUCUCAGAGGCUACAAGACUCGUCUCAGAAGCGGCAAAGAAACAUGGUUUCUUCCUAGUCACAAACCACGGAGUCGAUGAGAGGCUUUUGUCUAGUGCAAAUACAUUAAUGGACACAUUCUUUAAGUCACCGACUUGUGAGAAACAGAAGGCUCAGAGGAAGUGGGGUGAAAUCUCGGGUUACGCUAGUAGUUUUGUCGGGAGGUUCGAGAAGAAUCUCCCGUGGAAGGAAACGCUGUCGUUUUGUUUCUCCCCCGAGGAGAAAAGCAAGAACCACUCCCAAAACGUUAAAGAAUUCAUUAUUAAGACAAUGGGAGACGAAUACAAAGAUUUUGGGAGGGUUUAUCAAGAAUACGCAGAGGCCAUGAGCGAUCUCUCACUGAAGAUCAUGGAGCUUCUUGGAAUGAGUCUUGGCAUCAAUAGGAACCAUUUCAAAGAGUUUUUCGAAGACAACGAAUCCAUAUUUAGAUUGAAUUACUAUCCAAAGUGUAAGCAAUCGGAUGAUGUACUAGGGACAGGGCCACACUGCGACCCGACCUCUCUAACCAUACUUCAACAAGAUCAAGUUAGUGGUCUUCAAGUUCUCGUGGAAAAUCAAUGGCAAGCAAUCCCUCCUAACCCUCAAGCAUUGGUGGUGAACAUUGGCGACACUUUCAUGGCUCUAACCAACGGAAGAUACAAGAGUUGCUUGCAUCGGGCGGUGGUGAAUAAAGAGACAGAAAGAAAGACACUUGCAUUCUUCUUAUGUCCCAAAAAAGACAAAGUGGUGAAGCCACCUGUGGAAUUAGAAGAAGAAAGAGUGUAUCCUGAUUUUACAUGGUCUAUGCUUCUUGAGUUUGUAAUGAAACAUUAUAGAUCAGACGAGAGCACCCUUGAAGAGUUCACAAAAUGGCUCAAGAACAGAGAAAGUUUCUGA